AUGCCGACUCCACACAGCAACGACUUCCACAUGCUCUGGAAGUUUGCGCGAUCUGGCGACGAAGUCAAAGUCCGAGAGCUCAUUGAGGACUCUGCUGCCGUCGCGCGCAACCUCCUCAACCUCAAGCACCACCGCAAAGGCACGACGCCGCUCAUGGAGGCCGCGGCGUGCCGCUGCAACGAGCCCAUUGUCUCGGAGCUCAUUGCCGCCGGUGCCGACGUGAACGCCGUGGACGACACGAAGCUCAAGAACACGGCCCUCCACUAUGCCGCCAAGACGAACCGGGACCCGCUGGUCGUCGAGACGCUGCUGGAAGCGGGCGCUGACCCCUACGCCGUGAACCGCAAGGGCUUUAUGCCGCUGGACAUUGCGCGUCAGAAGCGCCGGAAAGCUGUUGGCGCGGUGCUGCUCAACGCCAUGAAAGUCCACGCCGGGUGGCUGUUCCUCCGCGGGAAGUUCCGCUGGAACAAGCGCUGGGGCGUCGUCGUGGCCUGCAACAAACAGCGCACGUCGACGGAGCUCUGCGUCUUCCGCCAGCCAGGCGACCUCCGUCCGCUUGUGGUUAUGCUCAUUGACGAAGCUGCUCGCAUGACGCAGUUCCCGUCGACGGACAGCUACUCGUGGCUCCAGCGCAACUACGCGUUUGUCUUUGACAAACCCGUCAUGUGCCACCGCGUGAAGCGCGAGAAGUUCACGCGCUCGCCGAUAUGCAAAAAGACCAUGAGCUUGGACGACGUCCGGACGCUGCACUACGUCUUUGCCGCCGACAGCUUGAACAACCUGACCCAGUGGCGGCGCGUGCUCCAGAGCACCAACUUUGACCCGCGCGAGGCCCGGUCGUCCGUGAACCGGUCGUCGCUCAUCGAGUCCCAGAGCGGCGAGCUGUACUACUGGCCGCAAGAGCUGGUCGAGAACCUGCGCUCAACAGUGCUGCGAGAACAGGAGCAACAGCGACAAGGGUCAAGUGAGCUGCAACAGCAGCAGAAACUCGGUGUUACACCAGAACAUGGCCUUCCGGUUGCAACGGCUGGUGGUACGUUUGACCAACCUGCAGGCGCACCAGCACAGCUUUCUACGGUGUACAGGAUGUCGGAGGAGGACGAAGCACCGCCCGACUUGCUUGAACGAGCUGCAGCCGGUGAGACAGGUGGCCGAUCGGCGGCAGUGCGCUUUGCGUCUCCGCAUCCGGUCGACGCUGGUGAUCAGGUCCCGUCCGUGGCAGCGGCACCACAUCUGCACACGGGCGAACACGGUCGAGCGAGCUCAAAUGUCAGCAUUGUGAGCGGGAGUGAGCCCGAGGCCACCACUGGCCCAGAGGUUGCGUCCGGGACGGUGCUGCUACCAGACAGCAAAGUCCCUCAGCCGCGUUCACGCCAGAGCAAUCAGGAAAUUGCAGUCGACGAAGAAGACGGCCGUCGGAGCAGCGACUUGGCAGGAGAGCUGCAGCUAUAG